AUGGACCGGGUGGUGGUGGAAGUACCGAUCAACAACGGUGAGAGACACACAAUCACCUGCACGGUUUUGUCAACCUCUCACAGACUUGUAGGUUACUUACAUUUCCCAGACGGUGUUUGGUGCUGAACUGGAAACGUGCAUAUUUACUCCUGCAGCUGUGAACAUCCUGCAGCCUCUGAUGUGGAUUUCUGUGCAUGACUGGCUUUUCUUUUUUCAAUGAAUUUAGUGUUUUCGGCGUGUGAAAUCCUAGCUGCAGGAUACGGCUGCUCUAACGUGUGCACUGUGCCAGGUCUGAUGUUUCCUGCAUUAAAGAACAGGGUCGUUUGUUACCCACCUGAAAGAACGAUAUAGUGUUCAUGUCGCUUAUAAUCUCACUACUGGAAGUUUAAUAGCUUUGCUUCAGUUAAUCAGUUUAUUUCCAAGGUGGCAGUGGUCAGUCCCUAUCUCACUUUGUAGGCUACUUGAACUCAGAAUAACCAUGGUCAUAAAUCAAUCAAGAAAUAUUUACUGUCUUUCAGAAAGGAUGGAAGCAAAAAAAAAAAAAAAAAUUGAACUAAACAAUCUGUAUGAAUAGAAGUGUCUCUGCCCUUCACUUUUUAUUUGUUCCAAUUUGUUGUAGGGGAGAGUGGGUUAAGUUGAGCCAAAGGGUAAGUUGAGCCACCGCCUGUUGCUCAUGUGACCAAAUAUUUAGGAGAUGGGCAUCAAUUCAUGGAGUCUGUGAAGGUUAGAGGCACAUGGGUGAAGUGGUUAGACCAGUGGUUCUCAACUGCUCCUAUGGUCCACUUUUUUCGGCAUGCUAUAGCACAGAAUAACUGUCUUCAUAAUGAAGACAGUUAUGUUUACACUCAUUCUGUUGGUUUGCAGGGAUGCACAACAUCUUGAAAUAUAUGCAGAUACACUAGUUAGAGACAAAACUAUGAUUGCCUUGAUUUAGUGAUCCGAAAUAUGAAAAAUGGCUCAUCUUACCCCACUCUCCCCCUACUACCGAUAAUGAUGGUCAAAAAUAAAUCAAGAAUCUUUAGUUUCUCUCUGAAAGGACGGAAGCAAUAGCAAUUUUGAACUAAAUAAUCAGUAUGAAUAGUAGCGUCUCUGCCCUUCGCCUUUUUGCUCUUACUUUUUAAAAAAAUUUUUACGUUUUAUUUGUUCCAUUUUGUUGUACUCUCCUCCAAACUUCAGGUUUCUCCCUUGCCGGCCCCUCCACUACCCCGAGGAAGCGCCAGGUGCGUUUUUCAGCACGACAUGACAUCAUCUUACUGAAGGAGGUUAUCACCCAAAACCCUUUCUCCUCCAAAGAACCAGGCAAGUCCUCCUCUCAAAGAUUUGGCUGCAUGGGUAAUUUGUGUUUUUUGUUUUCAACUAUGUGCUCAUUCCUUUUUUCUCAGGACGCAUCUGGGCUCGUGUCGGAGAGAUUAUUACAGCGGCUCUUCAAGAUGAAAGCUUUGAGGUGGAUGCAAGAAGGUGUAGAGAGAGGACUAUGCUGCUGCUAGACUACUACAAGAAACAAGACUUUCCUAGUCUGCGCAGGUCUGUUCAGUCACGGGGAAUACUAUUUGGAAAACAUAAAUGAAAUAUGUACAUGUUUGGAUUUGUGUGUGUGAUCUCAGGUUUGGAACAGAGAGGUUGUACGCCCAGAAGGAGGAUCUGCUCCAUGAGGUCUUAGAGCUCGAGGCUGAGAAGGGACUCUUGGUCAGUGGGGAAAGCAAAUACCAGGUAGUAAAGAGAAAUUCCAAAUUUGCAAACUAUCUUUAAACAAUGUACAAUCAUCACUUGUAUUACUGGUCUUGAAGUUAGCACUUUUAUUAGAAAUGUUGCUAUAAUUAUAGCACAUCUUCAGCUACCAUAGGUGACACUUCGACACCUUUGUAUUGUUCUUUUCUUGUUAUGAUGGAAAUGUUUACAUAUGAUCACCCUCGUCUUUCUAAAGGAUGAUGAGCUGAGAAAGCGAACCAUCGAGGAAUUAACUCUGCCUGAACAAGACAAACCUAAUAUCACAAUCACACCCACUGCAGGUAACGUUAUCAAUAUCGAUUUCAAAGUUUAUUUCCUUUAGAUCCAUUUAUGCAGACAAGACACAACACGGAGUUUAUGUAAUUAUGGAGAACGGUUUUCAUCAUGAAUAAGAGGAGUGGCAAAACUGCAUAACUGCUGGAGUUGUAACAGUAUGAAAAUUCAGAUUAAUUUCAGUUUCAUCAGUUCAUCUUUUUAGCUAACUGGGUUUUGUUUGGAAGAAAUCAAUGAGGCAUCCUGCUUGUACAUCGAAAGUGAAUAUGCUGUUUACUCCUCACAGAAGUGAAUGUUUCCUACUCAUAUAAGAAACUUUAGUUGACAGUAACAAAGGAAAUCCUUAACUUUGAGUUAAAGCAUCUGUAUAAAAGCAUGCAUAUUUUUAAGCAACUGUCACUCACCAAUCAACCCUCUCCAGUUCUCUGAGUGUUUCUCUGGGGUAAACAACUUUUUCAUGUACUUUUUGUCCCCAUAGAACCUGACGAACGUGAGACCAUGACAGAGCUCUCAGCAGCACCCAUAGCCAAACGUCCCUGCCAGUGCUGCUGCCAGACAUACUCUGAGAUCCUCAGCUUCCUGGAGAAACGCUCGGAGGCAGAGCAGAGGCUGAGAGAGGAGGAGCUGGCUCUGCGCAGAGAAGAGCUGGAGAUUCAAAGGAGUGAGGAUUUUGAUUUGAUUAAAAUCACAGUUUUCUUCAAUCAGAUUUAAAAGAAAAUAAUGAAGGGAAAAAAUCUAUUUUGCUGUUGUCUUCAAGAGGCUUUUUUUUCACCUCUUUUCUCAGGUAAGAUUGCUCUGGAGAGGGAACGUCUGGGAGCUGACCGGAAGGAAAGGGAACGUAGAUUUGAACUGGAGAGUCAGGAGAGGCAGGUCAUCUUGGACUUGCUCAAAGAGAAGGUGCUGAAAGGCUGA